AUUGCCGACUCUGUAGGAUCUGUAGUAGUGGCUGUGAGGGCACGUUCUCUCUCAGCGGAAGACAGCACGCGAGCGACAACUCGUCUCUGCUCUUUCUCUCUCACUCAACCAUAGUACCAUGGAGGAAUCGAGUAGUUGACGUUUCCUGCUGCAACCUUCUCUUUUUAAGCUUUCUUCCCGUCAGAUCAUUGUGCUCUUCAACUGGUUUGUCCACGUUCCGAACCCAGCGACUUUCCCGAGCUUUGAUUAUACGAGAACAUGAAGUACAUAAUUGGCAUCGGCGGCGUUACAAACGGAGGGAAAACCACCCUCACUAACAGACUGAUCAAGAACCUACCCAAUUGCUGUGUUGUACAUCAGGAUGAUUUCUUUAAGCCCCAAGAUCAGAUUGAAGUUGGUGAAGAUGGCUUUAAGCAGUACGAUGUCAUUACUGCGUUGGAAAUGGAUGCCAUGAUGAGUACGAUCUAUGCAUGGCUGGAGAACCCAGUGAAGUUUGAGAAGUCUCAUGGUGUUAAUAACACCCUUGAUUCUGAGAUUGUGCCAAAGACUGACCAUAAGGAAGAGGAAAAUCACAUCCUUAUUGUGGAGGGCUUUCUGCUUUACACCUACAGACCUUUGAUUGACAUCCUGAACCAACGGUAUUUUAUUUCCAUCCCAUAUGAAGAAUGCAAAAAGAGGAGGUGCUCUAGGAACUACACAGUGCCAGACCCCCCCGGCCUGUUUGAUGGUCAUGUCUGGCCCAUGUAUUUGAAACACAAAAACAUCAUGGAGGCAUCAGAUGUUGACGUUGUGCAGUUAGAUGGAACCUUGUCAAAGGAGCAGCUGUUCAACUUUGUCUAUGGCAACAUCCUGAAUAACAUCCAAAUGUCUCUUUAAUAAAGGCACAUGAUCAGCUGAAAAGAGGAUAUACUCCACCUGCAAGCAGAAGACCACAUUGCCUUAAGUUCUCACCUGGCAGUUCAUUUAGCUGACUGCUACGAUUUUUUUAUAUAACUGGCAGCAUCAAAUGCUGGCAUGAUUUUAUAUCUACCAUAUUUAUUGCUUUGUUACAGCAUACACUCAUGAAAGUUGAUGGAUAUAUUCAGAGGAUGGUUGCAUUCAGUUGCAUAUCUCAAUAAACAAUCCUCCUGCCAA